AUGUCAGAUUCGCAUCGCCGCCGGAGCAAGAAGGACCCGGACCGCGAGCGCAGUACCCCUCGCACCAAGGACAAGGACAGAGAUCGCGACCGGGAGCGCCAUAAGAGCAGCAGGUCUCGCAAGACCCGCUCGUCGGCUUCCAAGGAAGACGACACUGAGAACCCACCGUCGCGGCGUCAGUCGACCGAACGCGUGCGCAACUCGACGUCGACAUCAACUUUGACAUCGUCGCAGGUCUCCAAAUCAUCACACAAGAUGGCAGUUGUGCCCGAGAUGGGACGCCGCGGCUCGUUGGGCUCCGAGAACACUUCGCGGAUUAGUUUACCCUAUCCGUCGCAUUCCAAGACAUACGCAAAAGAGAGCAUAUACUCCCGGGAUGGCGUAGAGAAGAGGAAAUCAACCUUGACGCCGGAUGCCACAGAUGGCGAAACAUCGCCAGGAAGGGACGAUGAGCGACCAGUCGCACCGCAUCCACCCAACCGAGCACCACCCCCACCACCGCCGCGGGCACCACCAAGCCCCCCGCUCACAGCAACUACAGGCGCGGAUCUUAGGAAGGCGGCCAGUGCAAACAGCAUGCGAAGGAGGGACCCAGACGUGAUUGCAAGAGAAAUGGAGGAAGGUCGCCAAAGCGUAGAUAGCGGUACGCGCAUGACUUCCACGGCGGGCCCGCGGGUCGCGUCACGCUCCAGCAUCAGAGACGAGGACACUUUCGACGGCACCGACCUUACGUCCACCACCGGAUCGCAGCCCAGCACUAUUCGCGCCAAGUCGCCUCCACCAACGACGAGAACGAGAACCGUGAGCCCAUCGAACGUACGGCCUCCAGGUAGGACGUCAACCCCUGGCAGAACGUCAACACCUGUCAAAAUGAAGACGAGAGCACCCUCGGAAUAUACACUCGACUCAGAAGCAACUUCAGUGCUGCAAGACCGCAACUCUCACUAUCGUCGGAGUCAAUCACCGCCGCGCUCUGAUGUCUCGCCAUCCUCUGUAAACGAUUCAUCACCACGGACACCGACCCAGCACUCGGUCCUUCCCUCUGUUGUGUCUUCUGCUAAGGAUGGACCACCUGUGAUCGAGGUCAUGGCAGACCCCAUGUCGCGUACACAAUCGGUAGACUCAAGCUACGCUCAGUCGCCCAUGACCCCACCACCGCCUCCACCACCACCUCCAGCCAUGAUGGAAGCCCCUCGAGUCGACUACCUACUUCAGAAUGGCGGUCUAGCCAAGGCGAUCCCACGAAGUCUACUGGCCGCUAUCGAUGGAGUACCAGCCUCUGCUUAUUCUCAAUACACGACACCGAGGCUAUCUGGAGCACAAGCGCACGAUGUCCGAUCUUUUUUCAAACCCCUACAGAACGUUCUUAACAGUUACAAUACCGUCAUGGACACAAGCGGAUCGCUAGCGGUAGCCACCGGUUAUCGUUCGGUUGCACGGCGUCUUCUUGAUCGUCUCGAAAACGUUUUUGCUCGGAACAUAUCUUCAGAGCAUUGCCAAUGUAUGAUGUGCUUUGAGCAAUCGGUCGUGGAAGAUUCUGCUGGUGUCAACUGGGGAGAAAUCUUGGAACUGGUCUCUGGACGCUGUGAAUUGCCGACUUGGCCACCUUAUGAGGAAGGUCCUGGACCUGGACUAGGCAUAUCGUCUGAUCUGGAAGCACCAUGUCAACGCAUCGAUGUUGAUGUACCCGAACAGUAUCGCGAGCACUACGAGAAGCAGUCGAAGAAGACCAAAGUUGCAGUUCAGUCGUGGCUAUCAGACCAACAAGACGGUGUCCCCGAAGAUGCCGAUGACGAAACUUUGACCUUCAUCAUGCUCACUCGCCUAGAACAGCCUCAACGACCGCUCUUCUAUGCACUGUUAUGGGGAUUGGAAAAGCUCCCGAAUCCCCGUACACAAAAGCCGGACAGCGGCACACCACCGUACCUGGCAAAAGCCGGUCUGGCACUGCAGCGUUUAUACCGACUCUAUACUCCACCGCGCGACCAGUUAGUGGUCAUGUAUCUUAUCCGCCAUCCAAACAUGCACAACAUGCUUGCUACCUUGGCAGCUGUCACCAAACACGAAUGGGAAAUUCUGGUUUCUGGACGCUUCGACGGCUUCCUUUGGUCUGGCGUCGAGGACAUGCCUGAUAUGAAUACGACGCCUCCCAGAACCGGGUCAAGAGCAGGCCGACCCAUUGAUGGACCGCAACGGUUUGCAUCGCCAGUACCACCCAACCGGUACGGCAACUUUAGUCCAAGUCCGUACUCACGACCGGGAUCUGCCCGCCCUGGAUCUGUCCGCCCGCCCGGUGGAGCCCCUGUGCAGAUCGACGAAGAGACCGAAAUUGCCGUGCUUGCCGAAAUCGAGCGAGAGAUUUAUCUUGGUAUGGAGGCCAUGGAAGACGCAUUUGAACAGCUUCACAACCAAGCCGAGGGCGUACGUCGUCGUCUUCGCGAGCGCGCGGCAGCUUUGUCAAUGGUGGCACAGCAACGUAGGGGCGCUGGUAUAGGUGGUAUCGAAGUCAGAACGGACACGCCAGCCAACAUGCGCGACCCUGAUGAAGGCGUCGAUGAUCUGAGGAGCGAGAUUGGGCCUGACGACUCAGCCAGCAAUGUCAGCAACAACAGGAGAAGGAAAGCACACCGUGCACGCGAACGAAGAACACCAGCACCGGUGGAAGAGGAGAGCGAAGAGGAGGUUGCGCUCGCAGAGAGGCAUCGAUCCAUCCGAACAUACACCCCACCACGCUCUGGCUACAAGGUUGCGCACAUGGCCGAACUGGGCGCGAACGAGUCGGUCGAUCCGAACACGCUCUACACCAAGCAGGAAUGCAUAGGCGGCGGUAGCUUUGGCAAGGUCUACAAGGGCCUUGACCGACGGACCGGCCAUACGGUCGCCAUCAAGGUCAUCGACGUGGAGAAUGCCGAAGACGAGGUCGACGACAUUAUGGGUGAGAUCAUGAUCCUCUCCGGCAUGAGCUCGCCAUACGUCACAAAGUACUACGGCUCGUAUCUUACCGGCUCGGACCUGUGGAUCGUCAUGGAGUUUUGCUCAGGUGGAAGUUGUGCAGACCUGAUGAAGCCUGGACAGAUAGCAGAGGCGGAGAUUGCAGUCAUACUCAAAGAGCUAUUGAUGGGCUUGACCUAUCUGCACGACGACCACAAGCUACACCGGGACAUAAAGGCGGCCAACAUACUAGUCAGCGCAAAUGGACAGGUCAAGCUCGCUGACUUUGGCGUCUCGGGACAGCUAUCAGCGACCAUGACCAAGAAGAACACGUUCGUUGGAACGCCCUUCUGGAUGGCACCCGAGGUCAUUAAGCAGUCCGGUUACGACGGGAAAGCUGAUAUCUGGUCUCUGGGCAUCACCGCACUCGAGUUGGCCAACGGCGAGCCUCCUUAUGCUGACAUCCACCCCAUGAAGGUCCUCUUCCUCAUCCCAAAGAAUCCACCGCCAACACUACAGGGUAACUUCUCGCCAGCUUUCAAGGAGUUUGUCAGCCUAUGCCUGCAAAAAGACCCCAAGGAACGUCCGAGCGCAAAGCAACUUUUACAGACAAACUUCAUCCGCAAGGCUGGUAAGCCCGCUCGUCUACAAGAGCUCAUCUCAAGAUAUCAGGACUGGAAAGUCAGAUAUCCAAAGGAGGCAGCCGAGUCAGAAGACGAGGCCACUCCUGUGAAGAAGAGGGAGCCAGUUAACGAAGACCUGUGGGAUUUUGGAACUGUGCGGCCGACUGGAGGUGGUAGAGGGCCAGCGCUCGCCCCAAUGAAUGAUGCUGGAGCCAAUGCAAGGAACCACUCGCCACAGCGCAAACCUGUGACACAAAACAGAGGUGGAUAUGGUGAUGAGAACGAAGACACCAUUCGAGAACCCUCUUCGCCAACCAAGCGUUUGGCACCACUGCAAACUCCAGGCUCACCCGACCCCGUGAGAACUGCUGCACGAGUACCGCUGCCAGCAUCACCAGAGAAGAGAACGGCCCCUUCUUUCCCACAACCUGCCGCAGAGCUUCCACGAAAGUCCCCUGUGCCUAGCUUUUUCCAGCCUCCACCCAACAGAGGACUAGUCACACCAACCAAGCCGUCAACUCCUCAACAGCCAAGACGACAGACACCGUUACAGCACACUUAUGAUGAUUUUUUACAGCGAGAAAUUGCUGCGGAAAUGAACAACGUGGAGCCUACACCACAACAGCGAGUUCCAACUCCAAGUCGCGCUUCAGUUCUGCCGCAGAUGAUUAUACCCGAAAUACCGCCAUUCCGUGGACAGUCUGCAAGUCCCGGUCAGAGCAGCUUGCAAAACCAACCACCAAAGCCAUCACAGAGCCCUAUUCGAACACAACAGCAAAUCCCGACCCCGUCACAAGCUCAGAAGCCGUUGCUGCCGCUAGUUGGACAACAAGAAUUGCCACCUUUGGCAGGGCAGAAGCCACUUCCCCCAACACAACAAUCGUUUGCGUCUUUUAGUCCAAGUCCCUCAUCACGGCCUGAUUCAGGAUCGUCGAACGAUCCAUUUGGCGGCCCAAUGGCGUCGAAUUGGCAGUUACCACCAAAACAGCAACAAGCCGCACAGUCACCCCCUCCACCGCCACCACAUGUUACUAAGCCUUCACCCAUGUCUCGUGGCUCUUUUGGUAGGCCCAAACCGACGCCCAGCCAUCCUAGCUUCAUUCAAACGCAAGGUUCUCCACAGGCGCCUGUCGAGAUAACAGCACUCAGCGGUGUGGUUAUACCAGCUCUCGACGCUGCACUAUCUCGCCGUAGUUACCAUCUGAGCAUUAGGAACAAGCAAGAAUCGGCUCGGUCGCUAGACGAUGCGCAGGGCUUCAUCGAGCGCAGACGGCAAAGACAAGAAUGCCAUGACAAGGUAGCUCGCCUAGUCGAUGAGAUCAAGGGGAAAUUCGAGGAACUGGAUCGAUGGGACGAGAAGGGAGAGGUGGGUAUGGGUGGGGAAGUCGCGGGAUUCCUGGAAGGUUUCCUUGAGGAGGUGCUUGUCAGAGUUGAGCCAGCAGACGAUUAG